GGCGUUCCCGGAGGGCGUGGCCAGCCUGAGGGAAGCCGGGCGGGCGGAGCGGAGCGAGGGAGGCUGAGGGGAUGAUGUCGGUGCGGGUGGCGGCCCCGCCGGCCGUGGAGCUGAAGGAGCUGGCCGGGCCUCUGGACAAGCCGCCCGCCGCCUCCUCCGCCGUCCCCGGGCCCUGCUCGCCGCCUCACGCCGAGCCCGGCCCUGCUUUGGCGGGCGAGAAAGCGGCCCCCGCGGCGCCCCCCGGCUCGGCUGCCGCCAAAGCCCCCCAGGCCUCGGCCAUGAAGCGCUGCGAGCCGCCGCUCCGGCUCAGCGGCCACGGGGGAGACGGGGCGGGCGGACCGCUGGGCGAGGCGCUGGUCAGCCCCGACGGGACCGUCACGGAGGCGCCGCGCACCGUCAAGAAGAUCCAGUUUGCUGACCAGAAGCAAGAAUUCAACAAGCGUCCCACGAAGAUCGGGCGCCGUUCACUAUCCCGCUCCAUCUCUCAGUCAUCAACCGACAGCUACAGCUCCGCUGCCUCCUACACCGACAGCUCUGAUGACGAGACCUCCCCGAGGGACAAGCAACAGAGGAGCACCAAGGGCAGCAGCGACUUCUGCGUGAAAAACAUCAAACAGGCUGAAUUCGGGCGCAGGGAGAUCGAAAUCGCCGAACAAGAAAUGCCUGCGCUCAUGGCCUUGAGGAAACGCGCUCAGGGAGAGAAGCCACUGGCCGGAGCCAAGAUCGUGGGUUGCACCCACAUCACGGCUCAAACUGCUGUCCUGAUGGAGACCCUCGGCGCCCUGGGGGCUCAGUGCCGGUGGGCUGCUUGCAACAUCUACUCCACCCUCAACGAAGUGGCGGCUGCCCUGGCUGAGAAUGGAUUUCCUGUCUUUGCCUGGAAAGGAGAGUCGGAGGACGAUUUCUGGUGGUGCAUCGACCGAUGCGUCAACGUCGAAGGCUGGCAGCCCAACAUGAUCCUGGAUGAUGGUGGAGACCUCACACACUGGAUCUACAAGAAGUACCCAAACAUGUUCAAGAAAAUCAAAGGCAUAGUCGAAGAGAGUGUCACCGGGGUCCACAGGUUGUACCAACUCUCCAAGGCCGGCAAGUUGUGCGUUCCCGCAAUGAACGUCAACGAUUCAGUCACCAAACAGAAGUUCGACAACUUGUACUGCUGCCGGGAAUCUAUUCUGGAUGGCCUUAAAAGGACGACCGACAUGAUGUUUGGAGGGAAACAGGUGGUCGUCUGCGGCUACGGAGAGGUGGGGAAAGGAUGCUGUGCGGCCCUGAAGGCCAUGGGCUCCAUUGUGUACGUGACCGAGAUCGAUCCCAUCUGUGCUCUACAAGCCUGCAUGGAUGGCUUCCGUCUCGUGAAACUCAACGAAGUAAUUCGGCAAGUCGACAUCGUUAUCACCUGCACAGGCAACAAAAAUGUAGUGACCAGAGAACAUCUGGACAGGAUGAAGAACGGUUGUAUUGUUUGUAACAUGGGACAUUCCAACACAGAAAUUGACGUGGUAAGAUGUAGCUUUCCUUCCUUCCUUCCUUCCUGUUUCCUUCCUUCCUCCCUUCUACUUCCUAUUCCUUCCUUCCCUCCCUCCCUAUUUGUCACCUUCCUUCCUUUUCUCCUUCUCUGUCCGUUUCUGUCCUCCCUCCUUCCCUUCCCUCCUCUCUCCUUCCCUCCCACUCUUCUUCCUUCAAGUUUCCUUCUACCUCCUAUUCCUUUCUUCUAUCUGUCCCUUCCUUCCUUCCCUCUCUCUUUGUCACCUUUCCCUUCCUGUUUCUCUUUCUUUAUCACCUUCUUUCUCUUUAUCACCUUUCUCUCUCCCUCUUUCCCUUCUUCCUUCCAGUUUCCUUCUACCUCCUAUUCCUCCCUCUUUGUCUCCUUUCUUCCUCCCUCCCUCCUUUCCUCCUUCCUUCCUUGACUUGUCUAAUGCCCACAGUGGUUAGAACGCAGUAGUAUUGCAGGCAAACUCUGCCCACAGCGGGCUCAAGGUUGACUCAGCCUUCCCUCCUUCCGAGGUGGGUCAAAUGAGGACCCAGAUUGUUGGGGGCUAUUAUGCUGAAAACUGUAAACCGCUUAGAGAGGGCUGAAAAAACACCGUGAAAGCAGGAUAUACAAGUGUAAAGCUAUUCCUCCCUCCCUCCCUCCAAAGAACCCACACACACACACACAAAUGGCCCAUUGGAGUGUUCCAGGGUCUUAUCUAAAGCCAGUUUCUCUCAAGUUCUGCCAAUUUCCUGGCUGGGGAAUUCUGGGAGCUGAAGUCUACACAGCUUAAAAAUGGCUAAAGUUAAGCGGAA